UCUUCCCCCUCACAUGCCUUUCUCUCUGUUUCAUAAGCUUCCUUCCUUGUCCCUCUUCCUGCCGGCGUCUGGCAGAAGACAGCCGGCUCUGUGCAGUCACUGAAAUCCUUUUUUCAUUGAAGAAAAAAAGAGAAAAAAAGAAAUCACUCCACCCAAACGAGUGGCUGUGGACUGAGAGGCCACAAUGAAUGUGGAACAUGAAAUUAACCUUUUGGUUGAAGAAAUGCAACGCCUGGGUACAACAGGUGCUGAUGGAAAGCUAAGUGUGAAGUUUGGGGUGCUUUUCCAAGAUGACAGAUGUGCCAACCUCUUUGAAGCCCUGGUGGGGACCCUCAAGGCAGCCAAGCGUCGGAAGAUUGUAACUUAUCAAGGAGAACUGCUCUUACAAGGUGUCCAUGAUGAUGUUGAGAUUGUAUUGCUUUAAAAUUGAUGUAAUUUGUUUAUCACUUUGGCAUUGUUAUUUUUGUUUCUAGUAAACUACGGAUAGGAUUCUGAAUUGAAAGAAAAAAUAUCAAAGUGUUUAAUGUAUUUUUCUAUAAUUUUGUAAUCAAAAGACUUGUAUUUUGGAAGACAUUCCUUUUUGUACUCCUUAGAACAUGUCAGUGUAUUGCAUUACAUUAUUAAAAAAAACCAAUAACUAUUAUUUUUCUCAGGAAUACAUUUUGAAAACGUAGGAAAUGAAAUUUGUGUGUGGUUUGUUUUGUUUUUUUUGGUGGGGGGGGUGUUUUAUUUUAGAAAUCCAUUCUUAAAAUGAACCUGAUGAUUAUUGGCAUCAUGUGAAAACAACAAAUAAUGGUGAUUUACCUAAUUUGAUGACCAAAAUCUACAAUUAAUAUGUAAUAAAGCCAUUUACAUCACUUCA